AUGGAAUACAUAAAAGACGUUGAAAAUUUAGAAUCGGAAAUAAAACUUUCGACGGAAUACGAAACGAAAAAAAAAACGGAUGGAAUAAAACGACUCGAAGAACAAUUUAUUAUAUUAAAAGAUAAAUACGAUCAACAAAUUGAAAAACUCGAAAUUGAAAAUUCAAAUUUGAAAAAAUUACUCAAAAAUGAAAAAAUUUAUUCGUCAUUUCAACCACUUCCCAGCGUUGACUUUGAAAUAUUUAAAAAUAUCAAUGUCGGACAAAAAACGGAAUCCGAAAUUUUAUUUUUAAAUCCGUCCGUUAAAUUCGAUUCCGAAAUUUGUAAAAUUUCACAAGCGGGUUCUCCAAAAUAUUACAAUAGCGUACCGAAAAAUUCACCGGUAACGGUUUCUCCAGUUCCAGAGGAAAUGGUCGCAGUUAAAGAAGCUUUUUCUCAAACGGAAAAGGAUAAAAUACAACACGCGAGCGUUCAGUGCGACGAAACGGAAGAAGUUAAAAAACGGAAACGCGUUAAUGCGAAAAACGAUGACGACGAUGACGAUGGGGAUGGGGAUGGGAAUGAUGAUGAGGGUGGUGGCGUGGAUGAAGGUGGUGGUGGUGAUGGUAAAAAUUUCACGAAGAACGCGACGACCGGAAACAAAGAAAACAUAGCCAUAGUGAAAAAAAAUAAAAAAAUAACGAACAAGGGUAAACCGUUUUCCGACAUAACAUCGAAUGGGAUUUCCGUUGGUAAAUACAAAAGAUCCGCGACAUCCGAACACGAAAUGCAAUUGAUGACGACAUUGAGAGGUUUGCAAUCGGAUUAUUUGAACAGGGAUAGAGAAAAUAGAAAGUUAAAAAUAGAAAUAGAAAUGUUGAAAACUCAAUUGAAAAAAAUUGUCAGACAACAACAACAACAACAACAACAAAACAAACCGGAAAAAAUAACAAAAAGGAACAACAACGUCGGAACGCAAACAAUCGAUUUGGGUCCCAUCAAUCAACGACCCUACGAUCCCACCCUUCAAUCCCUUCAUCAAGUUCACGAAAAAGAAAUGGCCAAAUUGGUGAGCAAAUUGGAAACACAAAGCGAUCUCACAAAACAUUUGCAUUCCCUUCUCGUGAAUCGUUAG